AAUUGUAAAGGGUGCCUCAAGACUGUCCAUAAUUGUAAAGGGUGCCUCAAGACUGUCCAUAAUUGUAAAGGGUGCCUCAAGACUGUCCAUAAUUGUAAAGGGUGCCUCAAGACUGUCCAUAAUUGUAAAGGGUGCCUCGGGACUGUUCAUAAUUGUAAAGGGUGCCUCAAGACUAUCCAUAAUUGUAAGGGGUGCCUCAAGACUACUGUCCAUAAUUGUAAAGGGUGCCUCAAGACUGUCCAUAAUUGUAAAGGGUGCCUCAAGACUGUCCAUAAUUGUAAAGGGUGCCUCAAGAGUGUCCAUAAUUGUAAGGGUGCCUCGGGACUGUUCAUAAUUGUAAAUGGUGCCUCAAGACUGUCCAUAAUUGUAAAGGGUGCCUCCAGACUGUCCAUAAUUGUAAAGGGUGGCUCAAGACUGUCCAUAAUUGUAAAGGGUGCCUCAAGACUGUCUAUAAUUUUAAAGGGUGCCUCAAGACUAUCCAUAAUUUUAAAGGGUGCCUCAAGACUAUCCAUAAUUUUAAAGGGUGCCUCAAGACUAUCCAUAAUUUUAAAGGAUGCCUCAAGACUAUCCAUAAUUUUAAAGGGUGCCUCAAGACUGCCCAUAAUUUCAAAGGUUACCUUGGGACUGCCCAUAAUUUUAAAGGGUGCCUCGGGACUGUCCAUAAUUUUAAAGGGUGCCUCGGGACUGUCCAUAAUUUUAAAGGGUGCUUCGGGACUGUCCAUAAUUUUAAAGGGUGCCUCGGGACUGUCCAUAAUUUUAAAGGGUGACUCAAGACUAUCCAUAAUUUUAAAGGGUGACCCAAGACUAUCCAUAAUUUUAAAGGGUGCCUCGGGACUGUACAUAAUUUUAAAUGGUGCC